AUGUAUAUACCAGAAGGGGAAGGGGGUGGCAUGACCGCGAUCACAGCUGUACCCCAACCAACCUCGCUGCUCCUUCAAGCAUUCACGGUACUCGACAACCUGGGACGACGUUUGGCUGAAUUGGAAGCGGAGGUCGCUUUCCUGGGCAUCAGUUUGAGAAAGAGGUAUGUGGAUCCGAACCUCUUCAAACAUCUAUCAUCCUCAAGAUUCACAUGGAGCGCCAAAAAGAAGAUUAUCAAGGCAUACAGACAAGGUGCGACCAAGAGAAUUGAUGAACUACGACGGGCCUGUGAGCGCAUCUGGACCAUCCUUCGGGGCCAGCAAUACAAGCACGAUCAGGACUUCCAACGCUGGAACGCAGGAAAAAAGGUACUUUUUGACAGUCUUUGGAGCGUAAAGCGAAGAACAGUGUUAAGGAGCAUCCAAAGGAACAAUCAGACGACAGCAUGUGGAAGACUACCAGACAUCAACAAUCAGUCCAAUCUGACUAUACCGCACGUGGUGAACCCAUGCGAGGUGUCCAUUUCUAGAAAGACGGAACAAACACUGGGGAAUGGCCCAAAGUUUUGCAUGAACGUGAAACCUUCAAGGGUAGAUGUGUUUUUCGCAAUUCAGACUAUUUCGAAAGUGACGGGUCAUGAUGAAAGAGCCACGUUCGUGGAUUGUGCUGUUGAUAGAAUGGACAAACUGAUGAAUGAUAGCUUUCGAACUGAAAAGAGAGAUUUUCGUGUCAUAAGCGCUGCCGUGAAGGAACUAGAAAGGGGAUCGCUGCGUCUGCUGCAGACUGACAAAAGUGGUAUGUUCGGUGUCCUUCCCGAGACAGUGUUCAGAAGAAAGGCAGACGAAGCCCUCGGCGCACUCUUCAUUGAAUGGAAAGGGAACAUUAAGAAAAUUAAGAAGAAUAUUGUUGAAAUCUUCAAGGAAGAUGAGAUGGAUAAUUUGGCAAAACAAGUAGUUAACCAAACAAGGUCUUCGUUAAGUCUAAAAUUUUUUUUGAAAGAUCACAAACCGGAUAUGCCUUUUCGCACAGUAAUCAACGAACUCGGAACGUGGCAGUGUAGCGUCUCGAAAUUUUCGCAAAGAGGGUUGAAUGUAAUUCAACUGGAGGGGAGUCUUUCACUGAGAAAUUCAGAGGCACUAAUUGAUGUUCUAGAGGGCUUUCAUGGAAGACAAUGCACUGUAAUGUCAAUGGACAUUAAGGAUCUAUACUAUUCGCUUGAGAAAGUGCGCUUGAUGCAAAGAGUUCGGCAAGUGCUAGAGUUAAACCUGGUAAACUUUCAGUCCAGGACGGGCAUCGCCGUCGACAGUUUCCUUUCACUUCUUGAUUUGUACCUUCAAGCAACAGUUGUUGAAUAUAAUGGGCAGAAAUAUGUUCAAAAAGAUGGUGUAUGCAUUGGAUCUUCGGUGGCUCCGAUGUUAGCAGAAAUCUAUCUUAACACCUUAGAUAGUAGCGUAAGUGAAACACUUAAAGAAAAUAACUUGAAUGGGUGCAUUGUUAAAAGGUACGUGGAUGAU